AUGAAUGGACACAAUGCACCCCGGGUCACCCCCCGACUCUACUCCCCCGCAACCCCACAACUGGCCGAGUUCAAGAGCAUCUGCGCGCAGACAACCCAAAAAGAAACAUACCCACUCGCCGCCGAAAUAUCCUCCAACAUCCCAAUCUACGACCUAUCCGCCCUAGGAUCCAUCACUGCCUCCCUCCUCAACUCCCUCCAAGAUGAAUGGCAUCACAUCCUCCACCAAGGCCCAGGCGUCUACGUCCUACGAUCCAUGUACGCGCCAUCAAAAUACGGCAGCACCCUAGAAGCCACCAACAAAGCCUUUGACGCCAUCGUCGCACGGGAACGCGCAUCCUCAACCAAGAAAGGCGACCACUUCGCCGCAGGCGGCACAAACGACCGAAUCUGGAACGCCUUCUCCAAACACGCCCUGCAAGACCCCGCCUCCUUCGUCGACUACUACUCAAACCCCUGGCUAGCCAUCGUCUCCGAAUCCUGGCUCGGCCCAGACUAUCGCGUCACAGCCCAGGUCAACGCCGUCCACCCCGGCGGCGCAGCACAGGAAUCCCACCGUGAUUACCAUCUCGGUUUCCAGGAGGAGAGAGCCUGCCAGCGGUUCCCAGCUGCUACACAGCUAACUUCCCAGUUCCUCACGCUGCAGGGGGCAGUCGCACAUAGUGAUAUGCCUGUUGCGAGUGGUCCGACCCGCUUCCUACCAUACAGCCAGACCUAUAAGCCUGGGUAUCUGGCGUGGCGGAAGUCGGAGUUCCGGGAAUUCUUCAACGAGUCGUACGUUGCAUUACCGCUGGAGUUGGGAGAUGGUGUGUUUUUUAAUCCUGCGCUUUUCCAUGCCGCAGGUGCGAACGAGAUGAGCUCGGAGGAUGGGUUCCGACGCGUCGCGAAUCUAUUGCAGAUUAGUAGUGCGUUUGGGAAACCGAUGGAGACGGUGGAUUCGGUGCCCCUCAUUGAAAAGACGUGGGAGCUGAUGAAGAGUCGGUUUAAGGAGGCGGGCAUGGUGGCUAGUGAGCUUGAUCCGGAGGCGUAUAGCUUGGCGCAGCGGGAGCUGCGGGCUUUGGUGCAGGCGGUCGCGGAAGGAUAUCCGUUCCCCACGAAUUUGGACCAGAGACCGCCUGCGCCGAGUGGAAUGGCGCCGGAGAGUGAGCAGGAUAUUGUUCUGCGGGGAUUGGAGGGUGGUUGGACCACUGGGGAAAUUGUUGCUGCUUUGGAGCAGAUGCAUGUAGAUUCGAAAGCUUAG